AUGAAGUACGUUCUAGUUUCUGGAGGUGUCAUCUCCGGCAUUGGCAAGGGCAUCAUUGCCUCUUCGUCGGGCCUUCUUCUCAAGACCCUGGGCCUCAAGGUCACGGCCGUGAAGAUAGAUCCUUAUUUGAAUAUUGAUGCCGGCGAUCAAGGCACCAUGAGUCCCAAGGAGCACGGUGAAUGCUUCGUCCUCAACGACGGUGGUGAGAGUGAUCUUGACCUGGGCAACUAUGAAAGAUACCUGGGCCUUAAUCUCACAAAGGAGAGCAACAUUACCACUGGAAAGAUUUACAACCAUCGCGAAGCUGACAAGUUUUGUAAAGGCACCUAUCUCGGAAAGACUGUCCAAGUCGUGCCCCAUGUCGUAAACGCUAUCCAAGACUCGAUUGAGCGUGUUGCCAGAAUUCCCGUUGACGACUCGGGAGAUGAGCCUGAUGUGUGUAUCGUGCCUUUGCUGACCAUGUCCAAGUUGAGCUGGUAUGGAGGAACCGUCGGUGAUAUCGAGAGCAUGCCCUUCGUUGAGGCGUUGACCCAGUUCCGUCAACGAGCUGGCAAGGGCAACUUUGUCAACAUUCACGUUUCCUACGUUCCCGUCAUUCACGGAGAGGAGAAGACCAAGCCUACGCAGCACUCUAUUCGUGGAGCCCGUCAAGCGGGUCUUUUGCCAGACUUGAUCGCGUGCCGAUGUGAACGACCUCCCCAUGAGGCCACAGUUGCCAAGAUUGCCAGCAGCUGCCACGUCGAUAUGGAGCAAGUUAUUGCCGUGCGAGAUAUGGAGACCGUCUACCAAGUUCCCCAUCUGCUCAUGACUGAGGGCCUGCUCCAGCAGCUCAAGACGGGUCUGCAGCUGGACAAGCUGACCAUUCCCCCUGCCCUCGUCGAGAAGGGUGCUCAGCUUUGGGAGGUGUGGCAGAAGACUGUCAACCCCCGACAGCACGUCGACCGGGUUGAGAUUGCUCUGGUUGGCAAGUACGUCGAGACGCACGACACUUACCUCUCGGUCACCAAGGCUCUCGAGCACUCUGCCAUGCGAUGCCAGAAGGCUCUUCACAUCAAGUGGGUGGACUCUGAGCACCUGGAGGAGUCGACGCAGGACGCCGACCCCACAAAGUACCACAAGGCCUGGCAUGAGGUCUGCACCGCCGACGGCAUCCUGAUCCCCGGAGGUUUCGGUUCCCGUGCCACCGAGGGCAUGGUCAAGGCGGCGAGCUGGGCUCGCACGAGAAAGAUUCCCAUGCUGGGUAUCUGCCUGGGCAUGCAGGUGGCUGUCAUUGAGGCGGCGCGCAAGCUCUGCAACCUCAAGGAUGCUGCUUCGGAGGAGUUUACCGCCAACGCUGAGCACCCCGUCAUCAUCUUCAUGCCUGAGGGUAGCAAGACCGAGAAGGGUGGCACCAUGAGACUUGGAUCUCGAGCCACUCACUUCCAGCCCGGCAGCGAAUGGAGCAAGCUCCGAGCUCUGUACGGCAACGCAGACGUCGUCCACGAGCGCCACCGACACCGCUACGAAGUCAACCCCGACUACGUCGAGCAGCUUGAGGGCGCAGGCCUCCACUUCAUCGGCAAGGACGACACGGGCAACCGCAUGGAAGUCGUCGAACUCAAGGACCACCCCUGGUUCGUGGGCGUCCAGUACCACCCCGAGUACCAGAGCAAGGUCCUCAAGGCAUCUCCCCCCGUCCUCGGUUUCGUCGCCGCCAGCUCCGGAUGCCUCGAGCAGAUCACCAAGGAGAUUCUCCUGGAGUACCAGAACGGCGUCGGUGAGGGAGUGCAGUUUUAA